UUGUGGCCCGGCGGAGUCUACCCGGGCUUGCAGAGUGUACCCGGGGCGCAGCAGCCGCCACUAUGGGCGGGAAGAACAAGCAGCGGACGAAGGGGAACCUGAGGCCUUCAAACAGUGGCCGGGCUGCAGAACUCUUAGCCAAAGAAAAGGGAACCGUGCCGGGAUUUAUUGGAUUUGGGACAUCUCAGAGUGAACUAGGCUAUGUUCCUGCCAUCCAAGGAGCUGAAGAAAUAGACAGUCUUGUUGAUUCUGACUUCCGAAUGGUACUACGGAAACUUUCGAAGAAAGAUGUCACCACAAAAUUAAAAGCUAUGCAGGAAUUUGGAGCUAUGUGUACAGAAAGAGACACAGACAUUGUAAAAGGAGUCCUUCCCUACUGGCCAAGAAUUUUCUGUAAAAUUUCACUUGAUCCUGACCGCCGGGUACGAGAAGCCACACAGCAAGCUUUUGAGAAACUGAUCCUUAAAGUGAAGAAGCAGCUGGCCCCCUAUUUAAAAAGUGUGAUGGGCUACUGGUUGAUGGCUCAGUGUGACACAUACUCCCCAGCUGCUUCUGCUGCCAGAGAAGCUUUUGAAGCUGCCUUCCCUCCUAGCAAGCAGUCUGAGGCAAUCGCGUUUUGUAAGGAUGAAAUCGCAAGUAUACUACAAGAUCAUCUUAUAAAAGAAACUCCUGAUACUCUUAGUGACCCACAAACUGUUCCAGAGGAAGAAAGAAAAGCGAAAUUUUAUCGUGUUGUAACUUGUUCCUUAUUGGCCAUAAAGAAAAUGCUGUGCCUGCUACCUGACAGUGAGCUAGAAUUGCUUGAAGAGAAAAUUAAGUCACUUUUAUCACAGAAUAAGUUUUGGAAAUAUGGAAAACACAGUGUACCUCAGAUUCGCUCAGCUUAUUUUGAGUUAAUUUCUGCUUUUUGCCAACGGAUUCCACAACUGAUGAAGGAGGAGGCAUCCAAAGUCAGCCCAUCUGUUCUUCUUAGCAUCGAUGACAGUGACCCCAUCGUGUGCCCAGCUCUCUGGGAAGCUGUUCUUUAUACGCUUACAACUAUUGAGGAUUGUUGGCUUCAUGUAAAUGCAAAAAAAAGUGUGUUUCCCAAGCUGUCAGCUGUUGUUCGUGAAGGUGGCCGGGGUCUUGCUUCUGUCAUAUACCCUUAUCUUCUGCCGUUUAUCAGCAAACUCCCUCAGACCAUCACAGAGCCAAAGUUGGAUUUCUUCAAAAGUUUUCUCACCUGCCUAGUGACCGGGCUUUCAACAGAGAAAAUCAAAACCAGCAUUUCAGAGUGCUCAGCAGUAAUAUCUGCCUUUUUUGAAUGCUUACGUUUUAUAAUGCAACAGAACUUAGGUGAGGAUGAGAUUGAAGAGAUGCUCAUCAAUGACCAGUUGAUCCCUUUUAUCGAUUCGGUUCUCCAAGACCCCAAAUUGCAAGAUGAAGAGCUAUUUGAUCAUUUAGCAGACACUUUAGGCUCCUGGGAAGCCAAGGCAGAUACAGAAAAAGAUGAUAUCAUGGCUCAAAACUUGGAGAAAGUGCUACUAAGAUUCUGGAAAAAGCUAUCCGAUAUCUGUGUUGAGAAAAUUGAUGAGCCCGAAGCGGAUGUGAAGUCUGUUGUGGGUGUAUCUAACCUAUUACAGGUUCUUCAGAAGCCAAAAAGCUCAUUGAAGUCCAAUAAAAGAAAAGCUUGUAAGGUUAGGUUUGCUGAUGAAGUGACGGAAAAUAUUCCAGACAAUGAAAAACUUGAAUUAUCUGAAGCACAGAACAGUGAAGUCUCUGAAUUAAAAGCUGAACCUUCUUUUGUUAAUAGCUCUGCAAAUCAUCUCUCUCCACUGAGGCAAAGGCCUUUAGAAGAUUUAGUUUGUAAGCUGGCAGAGAUGAGUAUGAAUUAUGUCAACAAACACAAAUCAAAGCAACAUCUGAGGUUUCUGUCUACUCUGCUGAACUCCUUCUCUUCAACUAAAGUGUUUAAGAUGCUGCUAAAUGAUGAAAAACAUGGUACUAUCAAGACAAAGCCUCUCGAAAUAGUCAAACUUAUGCAAAAGAAUCCCGCGGUGCAGUUUUUAUACCAGAAACUAAUAGGUUGGCUGAAUGAAGACCAAAGGAAGGAUGCCGGCUUCUUGGUGGAUAUUUUGUAUAGUGCCCUCCAUUGCUGUGACAAUAAUUUGGAGAGAAAAACUAUCUUGGACGAUCUAACUGAGGUGGAGCUGAAGUGGAAUUCUAUUCUUCAAGUUGUUGAAAAGGCAUGCUCUAGUUCAGAUAAACAUGCAUUAGUGACUCCUUGGCUCAAAGGAGAUAUCCUUGGAGAGAAACUGGUAACCUUGGCCGAUGAACUUUGUACUAAGGACUCUGAAUCCCCAGUAUCUGCGGACUCUUACUUCUUGGAAAGAUGGGCUCUGCUAAACUUGUUGUUAUCCCAGCAUGUUACGAAUGAUUAUUUGAUUCGAGAAGUGUAUGUUGAAAGAAUUAUUGUUAAACUUCAUGGAACUUUAGUCAAAGCUAAGAAAUUGUCAGAAGUUGAAAAUAAGGAUUCACCCGUCUCUUUCAUCUGUGAUGUGAUCUAUAACUAUUUCAGCUCAGCAGAAGGAUGUGCACUAAAACUAUCAUCCGAAGAUUUAUUAUUAACUCUCUUUCAGUUAUGUGCUGAGAGCAAAGAUAAAACACGUUUGCCAGACUUCCUUAUAUGCAAACUGAGAAACACUUGGCUCGCUGGUGUGAACCUAUUGAUCCAUCAGCCUGGCAAUACAUACAAACAAAGUUCCUUCCUACGUUUAUCUGCGCUGUGGUUGAAGAACCAAGUGGAGUCUUGCUCUUUGGAUAUCAGAAGCCUUCAGGUUCUUUUAUCCACUGUGGAGGAUUUGCUAAGUGCAUUUCUAGAGAGCGAAGAUACCUCCCUUUUGGGAAUUUAUAUCGGAAAUGUAAUGCCAAGCAGCAGUGAGUGGGAAAAGAUGAGGCACUCCCUUCCUAUGCAGUGGUUGCAUAGCCCUCUCUUAGAAGGAAGAUUGAGUUUGAAUUAUGAGUGUUUCAAUACUGUUUCUGAAGAAGAUACAAAGAAACUUCCCAGCCACUUGUGUACUUCUGCAUUACUGAGCAAAAUGUUACUAGUUGCAUUGAAAAAGGAAGUCAUUCUAGAAAAUAAUGAGCUUGAGAAAAUAAUUGCAGAACUGCUCUAUUCACUGCAGUGGUACGAAGAAUUAGAUGACCCACCUAUUUUUCUAACUGGGUAUUAUGAAAUGCUUCAAAAAUUGGGUAUUACAUAUGAUAACUUGUGUGGACUUGGCAAGACUUCUGGCCUCUUACAGUUGUUGUUUAACAGGUCCAUGGAAAAUGGCACCCUUUGGUCUCUCAUAAUUGCUAAGUUGAUCCUUUCUCAAAGUAUUUCAUCUGAUGAAGUAAAACAGCAUUAUAAGAGAAAAGAAAGUUUUUUCCCACUAACAGAAGGUAAAAUGCAUACCAUUCAAAGUCUCUGUCCAUUUUUGUCAAAGGAAGACAAGAAAGAAUUCAUUGCUCAGUGUAUACCUGCCCUUUUGUCCUGGACGAAAGAGGAUCUUUGGAGCACCAAUGGAGGUUUUGGACAUCUUGCUAUUUUCAAUUCCUGCCUGAAAACCAGAAGCAUAGAUGAUGGAGAAUUAUUGAAUGGCAUAUUAAAAAUUCUAAUAACUUGGAAGAAAGAUCAUGAGGAUGUCUUUCUUUUCAGUUGUAAUCUCUCAGAAGUAAGUCCAGAGAUACUGGGUGUAAAUAUAGAAAUAAUGCGGUUCCUUUCCCUGUUUCUGAAAUACUGCUCAUCUCCUUUGGCAGAAAGUGAAUGGGACUUCAUCAUGUGCUCCAUGCUGGCUUGGUUGGAGACGACAAAUGAGAACCAAGCACUGUACUGUGUUCCACUUGUCCAGCUGUUUGCCUGUGUCAGCUGUGACUUGGCCUGUGAGCUCAGUGCUUUCUUUGACUCCAUGACUCCAGAGACUGCUGGCAACCUUCCUGCAAAUCUAAUCAGUGAAUGGAAAGAAUUUUUUUCCCUAGGCAUCCACAGUUUGCUUUUACCUCUUUUGGUGACUGUUACAGGAGAAAACAAAGACACAUCUGAAACGGCCUUUUCGAAUGCAGUAUUGAAGCCCAUGUGUGAAACUUUAACCUACAUCCCCAAGGAUCAACUGUUGAAUCACAAACUCCCUGCCAGAUUGGUUGCUGGCCAAGGACCAAACCUACCAGAAAAUCUCCAGACUCUGUUAAAUACUUUAGCCCCAUUACUCCUCUCCAGAGCUCGGCCUGUGCAAAUUGCUGCUUACCACAUGCUCUACAAAUUAAUGCCUGAAUUGCCACAGUAUGAUCAGGAUAAUUUAAAGUCAUAUGGAGAUGAAGAAGAAGAACCAGCCCUGUCUCCACCAGCCGUGCUGAUGUCUCUUCUUAGCACUCAAGAGGACUUACUAGAAAAUGUGUUGGGAUGUGUUCCUGUUGGACAGAUUGUUAAUAUCAAACCGCUGAGCGAAGACUUCUGUUAUGUCCUGGGAUACCUCCUCACUUGGAAAUUAAUACUCACUUUCUUCAAAGCUGCUUCUUCCCAGCUUCGGGCCCUGUAUUCAAUGUACCUUCGGAAAACAAAGAGUUUGAAUAAAUUGCUUUAUCACCUCUUCAGACUUAUGCCGGAAAAUCCAACCUACACAGAGACAGCCGUUGAGCCCUCAAACAAAGACCCGAAGACCUUCUUUACCGAAGACCUCCAUCUGAGUAUUAGAGAAACAGCAACACUACCAUACCAUAUUCCGCACUUGGCAUGUUCAGUCUAUCAUAUGACAUUAAAGGACUUGCCUGCCAUGGUCAGGUUGUGGUGGAAUAGUAGUGAGAAGCGCGUUUUCAAUAUUGUAGACAGAUUUACCAGCAAAUAUGUCAGCAAUGUUCUUUCUUUUCAAGAAAUAUCUUCUGUACAAACAAGCACUCAACUGUUUAAUGGCAUGACGGUGAAGGCUCGAGCCACUACUCGAGAAGUAAUGGCCACUUACUCCAUUGAGGAUAUAGUCAUCGAACUUAUAAUCCAGUUGCCAUCAAAUUACCCGCUGGGUUCCAUCACUGUGGAGAGUGGGAAGAGAGUCGGGGUGGCCGUGCAGCAGUGGCGAAACUGGAUGCUGCAGCUGAGCACAUACCUCACCCACCAGAAUGGAAGUAUUAUGGAAGGCUUAGCAUUAUGGAAAAAUAAUGUGGACAAACGUUUUGAGGGUGUUGAAGACUGUAUGAUUUGUUUCUCAGUCAUUCAUGGUUUUAACUAUUCCCUUCCCAAAAAAGCGUGUAGAACAUGCAAGAAAAAGUUUCAUUCUGCAUGCUUGUACAAAUGGUUUACAUCCAGCAACAAAUCCACUUGUCCACUCUGUCGUGAGACCUUUUUCUGAGAUUUAUUUUUUUCUUCCCUGAUUGAAACUGAUGCCUGAAGUAAACCAACGAAAGCCGGGCGUUUGGAUCCAGCUUACCAUGUUGAUUUGAGGAGGUCAAUGAGCAUUACUUUGAAAUAGGACCUUCUCUGGAAAAUUAUUUUGGUUGACGUGAAACAAUUCCAAAACCAGGUUUGCUUCUCUUUAGAUUGCUUUGUAAAUGUUUGGAAUCUUUUCCUUUUACAUAAGAAGAAUACAUAUUUGAAAGAAAAUAUUUAUAUUAAUAGUCUCUAUAUAUUUAAAAAUAAAUAUGGGAGAAAGCUAAAUUACAGAAUUGGAAUUUGUGUAAAAUUACUGUACAUCUAUAUCAUACUAAAGCAGUCUGUUGAUGUGUGCUCUAGGUGAGGCAUAUAAAUGGACAGACUUGAUUUACACAGACAUAUAGAUCCGAAAUCUUCCUGUCAGGCAACAUUAAUAUCCUGGUAUUUGUAGAUUAUUUUCAUGAUAAAAAUUACACUAAGCUUACCUACAACUGUUUUGAAGUAUAUUAUGUAGUCCUAUAUAGAGUAUAAUUCAAACUUUAAUGUGCCUCCCACAUCAAAGGUCAUGAAAUUCAGAAAGUUCAAUUUAUGAUCCUGAACUUUCGCUGUGGAGAAUUUCCAUGUAUUAAUGAAAUUCAAUUCAUACUUGACUAUGUGUGUGUCUCUAGAAGAUAAAACUUCGAGAGAACUAGGAUUUAGAUGAUUUUGUUCAUGAAGCAGAGUGGUUCUUACUUCUCUGUUUAGAGGAAGAAAGAAUAUCUCAA